ACGCAGAAAUUAGUUUGUUACUGUAGGUCUCUGGGAGGGCUUGUGAAACACUCAUCAUGGGCACUCUCAGUUUCUACUUUGUCAUGAUCUUCUCCUUGUUGCUCGUUGAGGGCGGCCAGGCCGACCUCUAUGGAUCUGCGCCGCCGCCGCCGGAGGCCGUUUCAGGCAAGGACUUUCCUCAGUCGGUGUUCUGCAAUGACCCGAAGAGUAAAUGCUUCGGGGCUCAGAUCUCCUGCCCCCGCCAGUGCCCCAGCAUCAAGCCGUCCAAUUCCAAGGACAAAGCUUGCUUUGUGGACUGUAACUCCAAGAACUGUGAAGCUCUAUGCAAGAAGCGAAGGCCGAACUGUAACGGGAUUGGAGCAGCAUGCUAUGACCCGAGGUUCGUUGGGGGCGACGGUGUCAUGUUCUACUUUCACGGCAAGACGAAUGAGCAAUUCAGCUUGGUGUCCGACGUCGAUUUCCACAUAAAUGCCCGGUUCAUCGGCCGCCGCCCCAAUGGGAGGACGCGCGACAACACGUGGAUCCAAGCUCUCGGCCUGAUGUUUGGUCCCCACGCCUUCACACUGGCCGUCAACAAGGUCGCCCGUUGGGACAACGAAGCGGAUCAACUCGUCCUAACCUAUGACGGCAAGCCGCUGCUCCUCCCUCUGGGCCAGCUUUCUGCUUGGACCACUCCGGACAGCAGGCUCUCUGUCGAAAGGACGGCAAAGUCCAACAGCGUCACGAUGCUGCUGCACGGCUUCGUCGAGAUCUCGGUCAAUGUUGUCCCCGUGACAAAGGAGGACGACCGCAUCCACAAGUACCAGAUACCGGACGAUGAUUGCUUUGCCCACCUGGAAGCGCAGUUCAAGUUCCUCCGCCUCUCCGACCACGUGGAGGGUGUCUUGGGCCAGACGUACCGCCCAGGCUACCGGAGUCCCGUGAAGAGAGGCGUCCCAAUGCCGAUCAUGGGUGGAGAAGAUAAGUACAAGACGUCGUCGCUCCUCUCUGCAGAUUGCAAGUACUGCAUUUUCUCGGCGCCCGAUUCGCGGACCGGGGCGACCGAAUCGAUAGUGUUGGAUCCUACUAUGGCAGUGGUCGAUUGCACAAGCAAGAUUAGUCCCGGAGAUGGAGUUGUUUGUCGUCGCUAGAUCCUAGAUAUGUUCUUCACAUUAUAUUUGGUACGAUGGAAAGGGACGAGGGUGAAAUAGAAUAAAGAAAGGAGCAGAGUGGAGAAAUUAAGAUAGUUGUUGUGUUUUAUAGCUGUGUAUGAAAGA